AUGGCUUUUUCAGUCUCUUCACUGAUGGCAUUGGUGAUGAUCUUCUCCAGCCCCAUCUUCUCUACUAGCUGUGACCUGCAUCUGAACCAUGUCCUCAUCAGCAGGGAGAACUUCAUGAUUCUGAGCCAAAUGAGGAAAAUCUCCUUUUUCCUCUGUCUGGAGGACAGAAAUGACUUCAGAUUCCCCCAGGAGACAGUAGAUAGCAGUAAGGUCCAGAACGCCCAGGUCAUCUCUGUCCUUUACGAGAUGCUCCAGCAGAUCUUGAACCUCUUCCUCACAAAGCAGUCCUCUGUUGCCUGGAACGUGACCCUGCUGGACAAGCUCCUCACUGGACUCUAUCAGCAGCUGGAAGAUCUGGACACCUGUCUGGUGCAGGAGAUGGGACAGGCAGAAUCUGCUGUGGGUAAGAAGGACCCUACACUGGCCAUGAAGACAUACUUCCAGGGCAUCCGUCUCUACCUGAAAGAGAAGAAAUACAGUGACUGUGCCUGGGAGGUUGUCAGAGUGGAAAUCAGGAAGUGGUUUUUCUUUGUUAACAACCUCAUAAGAAAACUCAUGAUAUAA